AUGGGGAAGGGCAAAGCUAAGGUUGUCCCUCAGGAGAGAAGGGACUUCAGGUCGGACUGCAUUAUCAACAGUAACAGGCCGAGAAGAGAUUACUCAGAACAAUCUGGUUCCACUCGGGCACCAGCGGUCCAUACUGUGUUCCAAGAACCACUACACAAGAUCCUAGAGAAGGAACAGUCAAAUAUUGAAACCAGACAAAGUACAUUGAGGCCACCCAUUGGCACAAUAAAUGUCAUUCUUGCUGCACCUGGAAGGACCGGUUCCAACCCUUUCAGAGUAAUGUCAGUGGGCAGGUUCUCGACUGAGCCGGACAACAGGGAAUCCAAGAGAGCCAGAGUAAUUGCCACGCCCUUAAUCGAGUUCUCGGAUGAGGACAAACAAGGAACCCUUCAACCCCAUGAUGAUGCCUUAGUCGUCACGCUCAGAAUUGGAGGUUAUGACGUGAAAAGAGUGCUGGUUGAUCAAGGCAACGCCGUGGAAGUAAUGUAUCCUGACUUGUAUAAAGGAUUGAACCUGAAGCCAGAGGACCUGUCAGCAUACGACUCCCCUUUGGUCAGUUUUGAAGGAAAAACUGUCACCCCGAAAGGCAUGAUUAGACUGCCUGUACAAACAGAUUCAGACGUGGUGGACGUAGACUUCAUUGUAGUAGAUGCUUACUCUCCCUACACGGCCAUCGUGGCCCGACCGUGGCUUCAUGCACUAGGGGCUGUGUCAUCUACUUUACACCAAAAAGUGAAGUAUCCGUCAGGGGGGCGAGUGAAAGAAGUAGUUGGGAACCAAGGGAUGGCCAGGCAAUGCAUGGUGUCGGUAAUCUCAUGA